AUGGCCAGCACCCCCAGCCUCCUGCACCUGGCGCUCCUGCUGCUCGGUGCGGUGGGCAGGGCGGGUCCCCGCCCCCAGGGUACCACAGUGUCCCUCUCAGAGACGGUGCAGAAAUGGAGAGAAUACCGGCGCCAGUGCCAGCGUUUCCUCACGGAAGCGCCACUCCUGGCCACAGGCCUCUUCUGCAACCGGACCUUUGAUGACUAUGCCUGCUGGCCCGAUGGGCCCCCAGGUUCCUUCGUGAAUGUCAGCUGCCCCUGGUACCUGCCCUGGGCCAGCAGUGUGCUGCAAGGCCAUGUGUACCGGUUCUGCACAGCUGAGGGUCUCUGGUUACAUAAGGACAACUCCAGCCUGCCCUGGAGGGACCUGUCGGAAUGUGAAGAGUCCAAGCGAGGGGAGAGAAACUUCCCUGAGGAGCAGCUCCUGUCCCUGUACAUUAUCUACACGGUGGGGUACGCACUUUCUUUCUCUGCCUUGGUCAUCGCUUCAGCUAUCCUUGUUGGCUUCAGACACUUACACUGCACCAGGAACUACAUCCACCUGAACCUGUUUGCAUCCUUCAUCCUCCGAGCACUGUCUGUCUUCAUCAAAGAUGCUGCCCUCAAGUGGAUGUACAGCACGGCUGCCCAGCAACACCAAUGGGAUGGGCUCCUCUCCUACCAGGACUCUCUAGGCUGCCGACUGGUGUUCCUGCUCAUGCAGUACUGCGUGGCAGCCAACUACUACUGGUUGCUGGUGGAAGGCGUGUAUCUAUACACGCUGCUGGCCUUCUCAGUGUUCUCGGAGCAGCGCAUCUUCAAGCUGUAUCUGAGCAUAGGCUGGGGAGUUCCGCUGCUGUUCGUUAUCCCAUGGGGGAUUGUCAAGUAUCUCUAUGAGGACGAGGGCUGCUGGACUAGGAACUCCAAUAUGAACUACUGGCUCAUCAUCCGAUUGCCCAUUCUCUUUGCUAUUGGCGUCAACUUUCUUAUCUUCAUCCGGGUCAUCUGCAUUGUGGUCUCCAAACUGAAGGCUAACCUCAUGUGCAAGACUGACAUCAAAUGCAGACUUGCCAAGUCCACUCUGACGCUCAUCCCACUUCUGGGGACACAUGAAGUCAUCUUUGCCUUUGUGAUGGACGAACACGCCCGAGGAACCCUACGCUUCGUCAAGCUGUUCACAGAACUCUCCUUCACUUCCUUCCAGGGCUUGAUGGUGGCUAUCCUGUACUGCUUUGUCAACAAUGAGGUCCAGAUGGAGUUUCGGAAAUGCUGGGAGCGCUGGAGGCUGGAGCACUUGAACAUCCAGAGGGACAGCAGCAUGAAGCCCCUCAAGUGUCCCACCAGCAGCGUCAGCAGUGGGGCCACGGUAGGCAGCAGCGUGUAUGCGGCCACCUGCCAGACUUCCUACAGCUGAGCCCCAGUGCCGCUCCUCCUGUGGUCCUUGCUUCUGACUGGGUGGCCAUCCCAGGUGGGAGAGACCCUGGGGAUAGGAAAGGUGAGGGGCACAGGCACACACCACACACACACACACACACACACACACAUACACCAUGCUUUCUUUCUCCAAACCUAUGAGGCAGGCAAGUGGGCAGUGCCUCCUGGGACCUAGACACAUGUCCUCCAAGGAGAACAGCCUGCUAAUUUAAUCACCGUGGCAGGAAGAGAGGAAGAAACAAUUGCUACUAAAAUGAAGAGGACUUCUUCCUGUUAAAGCCGCAAGGCCCUUGGGGUUCCCUUGGACAGAACAGCACAUCAACCCGGACUCACACUCAAGGGCAAUUGCUGAUGGGUGGAACUGGGGCUUCCGAGAAGAGGCCAUGAGAAACCCGCAUCAGCUUUCCUCCCUACAAGAGGCUUUCUCUGUGCAUCUGGAUUGCUGCCGUCCCCCCAUCUGCCUGUUUCGUUUUGUUGCAGUCAUACCAUGCAGCUCUCUCUGGAAGGGUCUGUGAAUGGUGUUGAGGAUAAGCGUUGAGGAUAUGACGCUCAGAGGUAGUCUUUGCCUGGCCCUUUAAGCCACUUUGCCCUUGGCCUCUGCAGUUUCUAGGGUACUAGGGCAGGUCCCACGGUGAGAAGCCCAGAUGUGGGGUGUGGACCCUCAGUUCUGUUGGAAAGAUGCUCAGAUACCCUCUAGGGUUCAUCUAAAGGAUCCCCUAGGGGUUGCUGCUGACACGAAUGAAUCUAGAGAACCAAGGGAUCCAUUGCCACCACACCUCCACCUCAUCUGUGACCAGAGUCUAUGACUUGGGUGAGAAUUGGGGUGCAUCCUCUGACUUCAGAGGCUGUGACCCAGAAGAACGCUUCCACUGAAGCUACCCCCCUCCGCCUUUGAAGUCCUCCCACUCUGAACAUAUAUAGACUUUAUCCCUUUUUCCCUUUGUGUCUAUUCAAACAUGUAAUUCUGAUUUCUCUCACCCAAUGGAAGAACUAGACCAUGGCUGUUGUUAUGUUUGAGGGAGUCGGGGGAAAGUGAUUGAUUUGAUUCCCCUACUGUUGUUAAUAAGUAAUGUCUGUCCCACCUCCAGACUCCUCCCACACAUAAUGAACAGCAGAUAAAGCAGGAUGGGGGGAAUAUAUCACACGUGCCCCCCUCCAGCCAUGGUGAGAAGGCUGGCAGGAGACAGCGCUGCAAAGGCUGCCUUCCUGGGGAUGUAGGCAGUGGCUUUCUAGAGGACAAGAAAGAGUCCAGAGCUGGAAAAAAAUC